AUGCAGCGCAACUCGCGGAUAAGACUUGGCCUGGCACUAAUGGCAUUGCGCAGCGUCGAAUAUGUAGCUCUAGUGGGGUCCUUCUUACUUGUCGGGCUCGAGGCUAUCAUCCGUAUCCUGACCUUGGCUCUGCCCAUCUCCACCUCCGUGCGAGACGCCUCCGACUUUGUGGAUCUUUGCCGCCUGUACGGAUAUGAAGCUGAGGAGCAUGUCCUCCAGACCAAGGAUGGAUACCUGCUCGGUCUGCACCGGCUGGCAUGGAAGAAGGGCGAGGAGGAACAAAAGAUCAACAGCGGACCGGGAAGUUUGAUGAAGAAGGUCUUGUACCUUCACCAUGGGCUGCUCAUGAACUCCGAGGUUUGGGUCUGCUUGACCGAUGAGCAGCGAUGUCUUCCUUUUGUGCUCGUCGAGAAGGGCUAUGAUGUCUGGCUUGGCAACAACCGUGGCAACAAGUAUUCCAAGAAGUCGGUGCAUCACUCGCCCAAGUCGACUGAUUUCUGGAACUUUUCCAUCGACGAGUUCGCCUUCCACGAUAUUCCGGACAGCAUCUCAUACAUCCUGGAGACAACUUCGCAGGAGAGCUUGUCGUACAUUGGCUUCUCCCAGGGAACUGCGCAAGCCUUUGCCACCCUUGCUAUUCAUCCGAAGCUGAACCAACAAGUCAAUGUCUUCAUUGCCUUGGCGCCGGCCAUGUCACCAGCAGGUCUUUCCAACGGAAUCGUCGACGCUCUGAUUAAAGCCUCACCUCAGGUUCUAUUCCUCCUCUUCGGCCGCCGAUCCAUCCUCAGCUCCGCCACCAUGUGGCAGUCCAUUCUUUACCCACCCAUCUUUGUUAGAGUCAUUGAUAUGGGCCUUUCCUUUUUGUUCAAUUGGCAGACGAAGAACAUUACACUCAGCCAAAAACUUGCGGCAUACCCACAUCUGUACUCCUUCACCAGCACAAAGAGUGUGGUUCACUGGUUCCAGAUCAUCCGGAACAAGUCGUUCCAAAUGUACGAUGACGACGUCCACCCACCCAUGUCGAUAAGCUCUUCCAGCAAGUACACUAAGGUCGCCAAAUACCCCACACGAAAUAUCAAGACGCCCAUCGUUCUUGUCUACGGCGGUAGCGAUUCGUUGGUCGACAUCAAGGUGAUGCUCAAGGAGCUCCCAACCCAAACAAUAGCCACCGAGAUCCCUCAUUAUGAGCACCUUGACUUCCUAUGGGGCAAAGACAACAAUGUCCAGGUGUUCCCUCAUGUUUUCGAUGCCCUCGACAGUUUCACUGAUGCUCAACACACAAAGGAGGAAUACGAUCGGUACCAGCUAGCGAGGCAAGAGAGUCUCAUGGGCUCUGGGAAUGCAUACAAGAGACACGCCUAUAGGGAUAGCGAUGUUUCUGGCGAUGUCUCUGCCAGCGAAGCUUCGAAUGCUGUGGAUGAGAGCCGGAAUGGUAACGGUGUCGAGACCGUGGAGACGCCCGCUCCCCAAAAUAAGACCCGAGACCGUCCUUCUGGGAUUCCUUCCCCGUACAACACCACCCGCCUACGUACUCCAUACUCCCAAGUUGCAGCCGACGACGAGUCGCCGUCGCCCUCUCCAGAUAGGCCUUCCAGCCGUGCAGCCGAAGGCGAAGAGCGACCGGACAGCUCGUUGAGCCAUCGUGAGUCUCCAACGUCCAAGCUCAAGGGCAUCGGCGUUCGGCGGGGAAGUGGAGGCAGCCACCUGAGCCUGGAUAGUAUGCGCGAAGGACGGGGCAUCAGUCUCGGGACGAGUAAGGCCCUAGGCGGCGUGGUCACAAAGAAUCCCAUCGAUCCCAAGGGGCUUGCGAAUGUCGUUCCUGAUGAGAGCAAGACUGGUGGGAAGAAGAAGAAGCGUGUAACGGUUGCGCCGUAG